UAAAGUGAUUCAAGGAUGAAACAGCUAUUUUAAUUCAUUCAAAUCAAUAAUAUAAACUACAUAAAGUACUCUUAUUAACUGACCAAAGUGUUACAAAUGUGAGAAUUAUACAUUAAAGCACGGAUUUUAAAGUUCGACUUUGAUGUAAAUUCCACUAUUGCGCACACAUAUUACUUUCUUUCUUUCUUUCUUUCUUUAUAUAUUACACACAGUAAUUGGUUUAAUUACAUCAGAAGUAACUGUAAUUAAAUUACAGGAAAGAUUAGAGUAAUCCCUUACUUUACUUUUUCAAGGGGAAAGUAAUUCAAUUACAGUAACGAAUUAUUUACAGUAGUAACUAGUCACACCCAACACUGGUUGUUGUGGUAAUUCCAAUCUUGCUUUAAAAGCUCUUGAUGAAAGGUGUGAGGUGCUUUAAGAGUGUGAAUAUCAGAAGUGUUAAACUACAUCAGGACAUGUUUCAGACGCAUUCUCUAGAUGGUAUGAGGAGGAGCUUCACGGAUGAAUUCUGCCAAGAAAGACCAGACGACAGAUAAAAACGACAAACACAAGACCCAGCGCAUGACCAAUAACAGCAACUGAGUCAAACUCUCAUUCAUUGAAACACUCGGAAUGAACUCGUGAUUAUUCACACACAUUAUUCCUCUGACUGAAUAUUUGUUGUUUGGUUCAGUCUGGUUUACACCACCUGUUUAAUGAAUGUUCUGAGUGAUUAUUAUUAAUAAAGAGAAACCCUGUACACGGAUGCUGAUCAUCACUGACAAUUAAUAAUAAUUAACACUUGAAUGGCGUCACAAGCCUUGAUAACACGGAGUGUGUCUUGAGUCAUGUGGGCCACGGCGCAGGUAAAUCAGGUUUGACUUCUUGAAGAAUGUAAGUGAACAAUGAUGUUCAGUUCCCUGAUUCCAGUUCAGUUCUGCGAUUUACUCGGUGAGUUUAAAGAUGUCGAGAACAGUUGAAGUGGUCAUCGGCUCUCCGGUUCAUCUGGAUCAGUCAUCUGGAGGCUCUCCUGUUUACGUCACAGAGACGAAGCCCGGUGACCCGCCUGGAGUUCGUGGUUUCCUGAAGAUCAACCCCGACGCUCUGGGGUGGUUGGAGAUCUUGGCAGGCGCGGUUGUCUUCGGAGUGGUGUAUUGGAAUUACGAGAGUUGGCUUUUAAUACCAGCUGGUUUUUUAAUUAUAACAGGAGUUAUCACCGCCACAGCCGCAUGCACACGUAACCCAUGUCUGGUGGUCACCUCCCAAGUUCUAAACCUGAUCAACAUCUUCAGUACUGCGGCGGUUCUUCUCGUGUUUCUCUUUCUCUUCUAUAUCAUACUCACGGUCCGUGUGUUUUUAGCUCGGUCUUUAAAUUCCAUUGAUGUGACUUUUAUUGUCUGCAAUGUUCUGGCCUUGGCUUUCUCUCUCAUCAUCUUUGCAACGUCAUGCUGCUGGUGUAAAUCGAGAAAGCGUGUGAUGAUCAUUCACAUGAACUCAGUUCCUCCAGCGGUGGCGAGUGAUGUCGUGGAUCAUCCGGUUCCGGUUCCUCCAGCUUACAGUCCAGUGCCGUCAUCAGAGCCGCCGGCCUAUGAGUAUGAGCGUCAGCCGUCGAUCUCUGGACCAUCAGCUCCAGUGUGGGAUAUGAAAAGAUGGAAAGAUGAACUGCAUCGCAGCCGAAAACCCAUCCAAGUCUGACCUGGGGACCUCAAACCCCCCCCAAACAACUGGUUCUAUGCUCUAAAAUAGAGCCGCCCGUGUCCCUCAGUGUCGACUUUUAUUCAUUCACGUUAUCUGCUGGACGCAGUGGAUGAUUUACUGGACAUCUCUUGACAUGUGUGAAGCUCUUCAGUCUGCUGCACAGAUCCGAAGGUUAACGCUGUUAACUCUUUCAUCUAAACUGGUUUAUAUUCACUGUUCAUCAGUAGGCCUAUGUGUGUUCUCACGACUGACACUGAAGCAGCGACGUGAUAAGCUGGACUCUCACGGUCUCUUUUCACACGGGCAGCGAAGCCACUUAAGGGAUGUAGAGUGAGAAUCUUCAGUACUCGGUUCUGACACUAGAGGUCACUGUAUUCUUCUCAUUUCACUUCUGUCUCUAAUGUUAUUUGGACAAAGUUCAUUUUCAAACAAUCGCUCACUGUGCUGUAUUUUCGUCCUAAUUAAUGCGUGUCUACUUCAAUCUCAUCUGCCCAAGCCAAACGUACUUUAGUUUCGUUGAUCCGUUCACGGUUUUAAUCUACAGUUUGUUUUUGUCUGCGCUAUAUUGCUAAAUUGUGUUGAUGUUUGAUUAUCAAUAUUAACAAUAAGUAUUUGUGCAAUAGUCGGUUCUAAUCAAAUGAUGUUUCAAAAUAUCCAAAAUAGUCAUUCAUUAAAUACAUACAAAACUGG